AUGGCUGCACUCUCCCAGCACCUCAGGAUCCUGCUCUGGAAGAACUGGCUGAGUGUCAAGAGGCAGCUGGUAUGGUCGUUUGUUUUAAUUUCCUGGCCUGUGGUUGUUUUCAUAAUCUUGGCCAUUAUCCGUCUCAAAUUCCCUCCAGAACCACAGCAAAACUGUUACCUUGCACCCCGAAACCUUCCCAGUGCAGGCUUCUUCCCAUUCCUGCAAACGGUGCUGUGUGAUUCCGAUGCCAGGUGUAAGGGCACACCAUACACACCAGAAGAUCUGCUGCCAAGACUUAAUGACAUCUCACCCUUCAGACUGAAGCUCAGGAGCUCAUCCAGUGUAGCCAAGGACAGGCAGCCAUUACCAUGGAGUGCAGAGGUUCCUGAAAGCAGGAAUGCUUCACUGGCAUUUGGGGAUUCAGUAUUUCAUGGAGAGAAAAACCUUCAGAAUGUUUCAUCACCAUCCAACUUGACUUCCAGCACCCACACGUUCAACAAGAUCUUCAGUUUUGGGAAGAGCCAGCCCCAAUACUCCACUGCAGGGAACCUCAGGGCCCUGCUGUGCCAGGUCUUGUCACGGUACCUGGCACAUCCCGGUGCCACGGGAGGGAGCAUGGCAGCCAACAUCCACCACACCUUCUGCUUCACCAACUCCUCGCUUCUGGAGUCCUUUGCCCAGGAGUUCAGGACCCAGCUCUCCCAGGUGCAGCACAACCCAGAGUACCAGGAGACUUUUGUCAGUGAAAUGGUCUCAUUUCUGACACUCAUCUCCCAAGUGCAGAAUGACACCUCCCUGUGGCACCUGCUUUUGCUGGCCCCAGAUGUGUUUCAGGACAACAUGCAGCUGCGAGACAUAAUUGAUUUCCUUCAGAAUCCAAGCAGUGUUGUGCUGGCAGCUCAGAAUGUCUCUGCAACUCUUGUGAGCGAUGAUGGAUUCAAAACUGUUCAGAAUGGGGUUACAGAUUCUCCACUUCCCCUGAACUGCAUGGAGCAAGAUAAAGAAGGAAGCUGGGUGACCAGAUCUAUUUGUAAUUCCUUUGUUCACUGGAAAGACAAUCACACUUUAGUAUCUGAAUUGGAGGAAGUUCUAAGAAAAAUAAAGUCACCAGAGAUUGGUGGAAAGCACUCCAAGAGGUCCAUUAAUUCAGAUGAUUUAGAAGCCAUACAAAAGCAUCUACAUAGUUUUAAAGGCUUUGAGGAAAAAAUGAAUAGAAGUGAAUUAAAAAGCUUAAAUCUAUUCAGAAAUUUGAAGAAUGAAACAUUACAGAAAUUGUAUGCAUUUCUUGAACUGGGAAUGAAUCCACAUCAUGAUUAUAAAUUAAAGGAACCAUAUCAUAAGGAAAUAAUUGAUGAAAUCUAUAACUUCACAUCACUGCAAUUACAGAGUGACUUUAAUGGGACUGCCAUUUUCAAUACAAUGACCCAGUGGAAAGAAAUUCAGAGGGCUUUAAAAUUAGCUACAAUGCUUUGGAAUCCAGCUCUCCUAAGUAAUUCCAAUUUUAGUAUAUUGAAAACUACGGAUGCUCUCAAAAUGUUGCUCUCCACAAGCAUGCCAUCACUUCUGGAAGGUCUCAGAGACCAUUUGAGUGGAAUGCAAGAAAUCCCAUCUGUGUUUUCUGAUGAUCUGCUUGAGUCUGAGUCCUACAGAAACUUCCCAGAGCAGCUCCUGGCUCUCGAGAAGAUGUUUUUUAGAAUGAUAGGCACAAAUGUAGGUUAUCAGUACAUCCUGCUGCCUGUGUUUGAGCUGAUGAGGGCUGUAGAGAAGUCCAUGGGUGAGGCCUGGUGGGAUGAGUUGAACGUCUAUUGGCGCAUUGGGGAGAAGCUGAGAUCCAUGAGGUGGAAUAACACAGCCAUCGUCGCCUACAGGCAGUUUUUGGAGGUGUUAGACAGCCAAUUGCAAAAGCUGAACAAUAAAUCAAGUGGUGUCUUCGGUGAAGAGUUGGAUCAGCUGUCAGAAUUUAUAACAGCUGUGUUUAGAGAGUUUGGGGAAAGCUCUGGAGUAGCCAAUAUCUCACAAGUCACUCAAGCCAUCCAGAAGACGUUGUACAUCUUAAAAGACUUACAGCUGAGUUAUAAUGUCAGUACAUUAAAAUCUAUAGAACUUUUCUUUAAUUUUAACAAUAAGACCUUGGAGAGCUUGUCUGAACUUCUGAGAACAGGAAUGAAAAUCCUUCAUUAUACAACUGCCAGUGAAGGUUCCAGUGAAGACAUAAUUAAACCCAUCUAUAAUUUAACACAUCUUCUACUUCAGGAGUUCAGCCAGUCUUCCUCACAGCACAAUAACUCACUACAGGCAAAAAUUUGGGAUUUCUUGCGAUCAGCCUUGGAUCCUUUCCUUGAGCACAGCAGCAAUGGCUAUAGGACACUCCAGAACUGCUCCUUUGAAGAUGUGCUUGGCAUAGGCCUUGAGGUGCUGUUUGAAAAUGCCACUCUAAGGGAGUCCUCAGCCAGGAGCCCCUGCAGGCCCCUCUUGGAUUCCUUGGCCGUGGAGGGUGGGACAGGGAGCAAUGACACCUUUACCAGGGUGUUCCAGCUGGCCAUAAGCAACCUGAAACUGUCCCCAGAGUUUGCUGCUGCCUACAACAACAGCAGGGAGAGCUUUUCCAAGGAGCUGUCGUGCCUCACGCGAGCUCUGCGUUUGUCUCUGAGUUUCCUCUCCAAGUUAAACCUUGUCUCUGAGCUGGGAAACUCGUGGCUCCAGGAGAAGGUGAGAGCUCUGAGUGCAGCCAUGGAGGGGCUGGUGCAGGGUGAUGCCUCGUUCCCCAUCCCAGCCCAGGAUGUGGGUGAUGUGUCCCCAUCCCAGCUUCUGAACGUGCUCCUUCCUGCCCUGCUGAAUGAAACAGUGCUGAGCUCCCUGAAUUUGUCUGACAGUGCCACAGGAUGGAAUAACCUGCCCAUGCUCUCUAGUGUGGCACAGGAUGAGCUCCCCAACCUGCUGCAGCUGCUCCAGGGUGCCUUCAGCCUCACCGAAGGCAGUUACUACACAAGUGUCUGGGAUGUGUUUGGUAGCUUCCUCAGCACCAAAAGGAACCCAGCUGAAGGAUCUUCCCUUGCAAGGCUGUUGGAAGCAGUGGCAAGUGACUCUGCCAGUGACCUGUCAGCUCUAGAAGUCACAGAAGCCACCCUCUACAUUCUCGAUGGGCUGAACAUCCCUGGCCUGCUAAAUGAAUUCAAUAUAAAUUCCAGCUCAGCCUUUCUCUCCAACAAAACCAGUUUUGUCAGUGUGAUUGAUAUUGUUGCUCAUCACUUCACUGUCGUGGCAGAAACCCUUUACAACAAGAGCCUGCCUUGGACUCUGAGUGACCACACUCUGUCCCCAACCAGCUUGAUCACACAAUUUCUGUUUUUAGAAUUUCAAAACACCGUAUUGCAGAUGACAGCGAAUAACAGCUAUAACCCUUACCUGAUGUGUUUAAUAAAUUCUGCAGAAGCUGAAGAUGGGGAAUUGACAGAAAACAUCACACUGCUUUUGAAGCAAACUCAUCUGAAAAAGAACUCUUUUAUGCAAAAUAAUACCUCUGAGAAACAUUCAUCCAUACCAGAGCUCCUGAAGCUAAAAAUCUCUCGCCUCCGGGAUCUGACAGCACUUCUGUGUGACUAUGAGAGCUCUCAGUCCAUCCAGCAGCUCUGCCACCUCCCUGAGGUUCCCUUUGGGGAGCUGUGUGAGCAAGGCCAGUCUCAGGAGCAGCUCCUCCGUGCUGCUGAGCUGAGCAGCCAGCUUGUGACCAACGUGCUGAGUCACAGGAGGAUCUCCCAGGAGCUCCAAAAUGUACUCAUUGGGGAUGCAACAGACAUCCAGGCACAGCUGAAGUGGCUUCAAGAAAAUGUACCAGAAAUUGCUUUCUUUCAAGAGAUUCCUCAGUAUAUGGCUGCUUUGAAUUCCAUGUUGAAUGUCACUGAGGGUUUAACAGACUCAAGCAAGCAAGAAAAGUUAAGAGAUGUGUUUAAAAAUGUGGACCAGCUCAGACAGGACCUCAGAAACGCAACAGGAAUGUCCACAGCCAGCAUUGAUGCUCUUCUGGAAGCAUCUUUCCCAGAAAACAGCAGUCAGUUCCUCUCUUGGGUGCUGCAGCUGGAGUCCUGCAGUGUCCUUCUGGAGGACCCACAGCUGCAAGUGGUGGUGCAGGAGCUGUGCAGCCUCCCUCUGGCAGAGAGGACUCGCAGGACUUACCUCCUUGGGGUCACCCUGCUGAGACACCUGGACAUUUACAAUUUCUUAUACAAGAUGUUUUUCCCCAAGGAACUUCAGAAACCCAUGGACAAGAUUUUAGGCCUUCUGACAAAAAUGAAGUAUUUCAGACACCAGGUUGAAUCUGGCAUUGAUCCAUUGCUACAAGCUAUUCAUUCCCUGAAAAAGCUCCGACAGUCCAGGAAAAUGCCACUGACUAAGGCGUUAUUUAAACCAAACAACUUCGGGGUAACACAUGGCACUUUUAAAUCCAUGUCAAAAGUCCUCUGCAACCAGGAGAUCACACCCCUGUUUUUUGAGUCUUUGCUUCCAGACUUUGGAGACCCUGUAAGCAACAGUUCUCAUGCAGAGGAUGUCUAUGUCCAAAAGCUGAUGAGGAAAUAUGGGAUUCCUCAGGAUUCCACCCCAUUUUGCUUAUCCUUUUACCUGGACCUGGUCAAGACCCCCACUGGAGCUUUGAUUUGGUCUUUCUUAAAACCAAUGGUGCUUGGGAAGAUCCUUUUCACACCAGAUACCCCAGAAACUCGAGCAAUCAUGGGAAAGUCAAAUGCAACCCUGGAGCAGAUGGCUGAGUUAGCCCUGAAGUCCCAGGAGUGGCUGGACCAGUCUCCUGUCAUCCUGAACUCACUGACUAAGUUAAACCAGACAGUUCCAAUGAUCAAGAACGCCCUGCAGAAUCCCUUUGUGCAGGUUUUUAUCAAGCUGAUGGUGGAUUUGGAUGCAGCUGAGCUCCUGAGUCAGAUAGAUGAGCUGGAUGAUAUCCGGCUGGAAUUGCAGAACAACGCCGACGUUGUUGAUCAGCUGAACACUUUGGCUGCCCUGGCUGUGAACGUCUCCUCCUGCGUCUCCUUCAACCGCAUUCGGCCAGUGCAGGACUUGGAUGAGAUGGAAGCGGUGGCUAAGGAGCUCUUCCUGAAGAACGAGCUGUUUGCAAGUAUCAUUUUCAAGCUGCCUUCAAGGCCUGGCCACUCAGUUCCUGGGGGCCUGUCCCUCCCUCCUGUGCUCAACUACACCAUCCGAAUGAGCAGCAGGAUAACUCAAACCACCAACAGGAUCCGCGAGCGCAUCUGGACCGUGGGCCCGCACAACUCCACCUCCCAGAGCCAGAUUUACAGCCGGGCCUUCAUUUACAUCCAGGACAGCAUUGAAAGGGCCAUCAUUGAACUGCAGACUGGCAAGAAGCCAGAGGAGAUAGCUGUUCAGGUCCAGGCCAUGCCCUACCCCUGCUACAACAAGGAUAUGUUCUUAACCAGCGUGACCUACUCUCUUCCAUUUGCUCUGAUGGCUGCCUGGGUGCUGUUUAUAGCUGACUUUGUUAAAACACUUGUUCAGGAGAAAGAUCUGAGGCUUUAUGAGUACAUGAAGAUGAUGGGUGUCAACGCCAGCAGCCAUUUCAUCGCCUGGUUCAUCGAGUGCGCCAUCUUCCUCCUGAUUACCGUCACCUUCCUCAUUGUAGUUCUGAAAGUGGGUGAGAUCCUUCCCAAAACAGACACAGCACUCCUGUUCCUGUACCUGAUGGACUACAGCCUGUCCAUCAUAGCCAUGAGCUACUUCAUCAGCGUUUUCUUCAACAACACCAACAUCGCCGCCUUGGUGGGCAGCCUCGUCUACAUCCUCACUUUCUUCCCCUUCAUCGUGCUGCUCGUCAUCGAGAACCACUUGAGCUUCUCUGUCAAGAGCCUCCUGAGUCUGUUGUCUCCAACUGCCUUCAGUUAUGCAAGUCAAUACAUUGCUCGUUACGAGGCACAGGGCAUAGGACUGCAGUGGGACAACAUGUACAAGUCCCCAAUGAUUGGAGACAACACUUCCUUUGGCUGGAUGUGCUGGCUCAUUCUGAUAGACUCCUUCAUUUACUUCAUCCUGGGGUGGUACAUAAGGAAUGUUUUCCCAGGUAGAUAUGGCAUGGCUGCUCCCUGGUACUUCCCACUGCUUCCAUCUUACUGGAUUGAAUACAACAGCUACCUGCCCUUCUGGAAUGAGAAACAAAAAGGCCUGUUCUUCUCCAAGCUGGUGUUAAGGAAAGAAGUCACCCUCCCCAACAAGAUAUGUGCCCCCCACCCUCACGUGGAACCAGAGCCCACCGACCUCACCUUGGGAGUCUCCCUCCAUGGCAUAACAAAGGUUUAUGGAUCCAAAGCUGCCGUGGACAACCUCAGCCUCAACUUUUAUGAAGGGAAUAUCACUUCCCUGCUGGGACACAAUGGAGCUGGGAAAACUACAACCAUAUCUAUUUUGACUGGGCUGUUCCCUACAUCAUCAGGCACGAUCUUUGUGUAUGGCAAAGACAUCAGGACUGACCAGGAGGUGAUCAGGAAGAACAUGGGGGUGUGCAUGCAGCACAACGUGCUCUUCAACUACCUCACCACCAAGGAGCACCUGCUGCUCUAUGGCUACAUCAAAGUCCCUCACUGCAGCAAACAAGAGCUCUACCAAGAAGUGAAGAGGACUUUGAAGGAGACUGGGCUGUACAGCCAUCGUCACAAGCUGGCUGGCACCCUGUCUGGGGGGAUGAAGAGGAAGUUAUCCAUAGCUAUUGCUCUCCUGGGGGGAUCCAAGGUGGUGAUUCUGGAUGAACCAACCACGGGGGUGGAUCCAUGCUCCCGGAGGAGUAUUUGGGAAAUCAUCUCCAAGAAUAAGAAAGGCAGAACCAUCAUUCUCUCCACACAUCACCUGGACGAAGCAGAAGUUCUGAGUGACCGGAUCGCCUUCCUGGAGCAUGGAGGGCUCAAAUGUUGUGGCUCACCUUUCUACCUCAAGGAAACCUUUGGGGAUGGCUACCACCUGACCCUCACCAAAAAGAAGAACAUGAUAGAGGAAUGUGACACCACAGCAGUGACCUCCUUGAUCCAGUCCUAUCUCCCAGAGGCUUAUCUCAAGGAGGAUAUUGGUGGAGAGCUGGUGUAUGUGCUUCCCCCCUUCAAGUCCACGGUGUCAGGGGCCUACCAGGCCCUUCUCAGAGCCCUGGACACCAGCUUGAAUGAUCUCCACCUGGGUUGCUACGGGAUUUCCAACACAACUGUGGAAGAGGUGUUCCUCAAUCUGACAAAAGAGCUUGUGAAGGACCAGCAAGAAGAUGCUACACUGCCCCAUCAGCUGCCUGGAGUCAGUGGUCACACUGGUGGUGACGAAAUGUCUGUGAGCACAGACACCUUCACAGAAAGAGAUGACCAGCUCCUGAUCAGGUCCAAGAGCCUGCGGGGUUUGCCGCUGCUGCUGAAGAGAACCUCAGCCCUGUUCAUCAAGAGGUUCCACCACACCCGCCGGGACGUCCGCGGCUUCAUCGCCCAGGUCAUCCUCCCCGUGCUCUUUGUGAUGGCUGCCAUGGGCCUGGGGACACUGAGGACCAAGGAGACUGAGUACCCCGAGCUGCUGCUGUCCCCCUCCCUGUAUGGCACAGCUGACCAGGCAGACUUCUUUGGGAAUUUUAAUGAAACCACAGCUGCUUUAGUUUCUUCGAUGCUGGCUUUCCCUGGGACAGAUAACACGUGCAUGAAUGAAAGCAAUUCGCAGUGUUUAACAGAGGACAUGCUUGGCCAGUGGAUUACCAGUGGAAACCAGAGAACUAAGUAUUCUGCCUGCAACUGCACAGAUGGCAUCCAGACGUGUCCACAGACAAACUACACUCCCCCUCACAGAAGGACCUUCUCCACACGGACACUUUACAACGUGACAGGGCACAAUGUGGAGUCCUACAUCCUGGCAACCACCAAAGACUUCCUGCAGAAACGGUAUGGUGGCUGGAGCUUUGGGCUGCCUUUGACACCAGAUCUGCAGUUUGACAUCAGGCCAGUGCCCCCCAACAGAACACUGACUAAGGUGUGGUACAAUCCUGAGGGUUAUCACAGCCUCCCAGCCUAUCUCAACAGCUUGAACAACUUCAUUCUUCGAGCCAACUUGCCAAAAAAUGAGACUUCCAGAUAUGGUAUUUUCCUAUCAGCUCACCCAUAUCCUGGAGGACAGAGUCAAGAACAAGUAAUGCUCAACAGCUUACUGGACAUCAUAGUGUCCAUGUCUGUUUUGGUGGGCUACUCCAUCACCACAGCAAGCUUUGUGCUCUACAUGGUCAAGGAGCACCAAACCAAAGCCAAGCAGCUGCAGCACAUUUCAGGCAUUGGGAUGACAACCUACUGGGUGACCAACUUGGUUUAUGAUCUGGUACUUUUUAUGGUCCCUAUUGGACUCUCAGUAGGAGUUAUUUCAGCCUUCCAGAUCCCAGCUUUCUGCAACAACAGUAACUUAGUGGCAGUAUUUCUUCUGCUGUUACUCUUUGGAUAUGCAUCAUUUUCCUGGAUGUACCUGCUGGCUGGGCUUUUCAAGGAAACAGGGAUGGCCUUCAUUGUUUAUGUCUGCGUCAACCUGUUCUUUGGCAUCAACACCAUUAUCACUCACUCUGUCGUGUUCCUGCUCUCCCAGGAGAAGGCCACAGACCAGGGCUUGCAUGAUCUUGCUGAAAAUUUAAGGCAUGUGUUCCUCCUGUUCCCACAAUUUUGCUUUGGCUACGGCUUGAUUGAACUGUCUCAGGAUCAGGCACUGCUGGGCUUCUUAAGAGCCUAUGGAGUGGACUACCCUGACAAAACCUUUGAGCUGGACAAGACCACAUCCAAGCUGCUGGCCAUGUUCAUCCAGGGCACCGUGUUUUUUGCCAUUCGACUCACAGUUCAUGACAGGAUGAUCCAGAGAGUGUGGAACAAGGUCCUGGAGUUCCUGUUUGACAGAGUCCAUGGCAAAGCCUCCCUUCUGCCCCCUGCGGCCGUAGAGGAUGGGGAUGUCCAGGCAGAGAGGAGCCGGGUGGAGUCUGGCAAAGCUGACUUCGACGUGGUGCAGCUCCAGAACCUCACCAAGAUCUACCACCUGCCUCACAAACGCAUCACAGCAGUGAAGAACAUCAGCCUUGGGAUCCCUGCCGGGGAGUGCUUUGGCUUGCUUGGUGUGAAUGGAGCUGGAAAGACAACAAUCUUUAAGAUGCUGACAGGGGAUAUUGGAGCAUCCAGCGGAAGGCUGCGGGUCCAGGAUCAUUCUGGGUCCUUGAAUGACAUCAGUGAGGCCCACUGGUCACUGUUUGGCUACUGUCCUCAGGAAGAUGCCUUGGAUGACCUGCUGACCGUGGAAGAGCACAUGUAUUACUAUGCUCGGCUGCACGGCAUCCCGGAGCGGGACAUCAAGGGAGUUGUACUCCAGCUCCUCCACCGGCUGAACCUGAUGGCCUACAAGGACAGAGUCACCUCUAUGUGCAGCUAUGGCACCAACAGGAAACUGUCAACUGCUCUGGCUCUCAUUGGCAAUCCAUCCAUUCUGCUGCUGGAUGAGCCGAGCUCUGGAAUGGACCCGAAUGCCAAACGCCACCUUUGGAAAAUCAUCAGUGAGGAAGUGCAGAACAAAUGCUCAGUGAUACUCACAUCCCACAGCAUGGAGGAGUGUGAAGCCCUCUGUACCAGGCUGGCCAUCAUGGUGAACGGGAGUUUCCAGUGCAUUGGCUCUUUGCAGCACAUCAAGAGCAGAUUUGGAAGAGGAUUCACUGUGAAGAUGCACUUAAACAGCAGCACAGUUUGCACUGAGAAGCUGACAGAGUUCAUGAAGUCACACUUCCCAAAUACAUGCCUGAAGGAUCAGCAUUUCAAGAUGGUGGAGUACCACGUCCCGGUCUCUGCAGGAGGGGUAGCCAAUAUAUUUGAUCUCCUGGAAGGCAGCAAAGCAGCCUUCAACAUCAGGCACUUCUCUGUGAGUCAGACAACGUUGGAGGAGGUUUUCAUCAACUUUGCUAAAGAUCAAGCAGAUCCUGAUGGCACGGAUGCAGGUCCUGAUGUGACGCUGGACAGCUCUGACACAAGCAGCCAGGCUAGCACCAUAAGCUCCAUCUAUUGAAGGGAUCCACCCACACGGGAUCACAGAAGCUGGGGAAAAGACCUGACAGCCCCUCCAACCCUGUUUUAAGUGAUUUUAGGGUGAUGGGGAUAAGCAGUUCCAUUUCCUUCAAGUACUUUGUUUUUUGAUAUGCGCUUAAUUAAUGUCACUAGGAACAUGGUAGGUGUUUGAGACUGGCACUUGGUUACAAAUCAGAUUGGUCUUUCCACAGGUUCUUUCCCCUCACCCCCAGUUCUUGUUUUAUGAUCACUGUAAUGGCUGUGAGGAUUUAAACAACACCACCUGCUGCUCGUGGCUGUUUGCUUACAGCAGAGUGGCCGUGGUAGAGCAGAGGAGCUGUGGGCAGUGCAGGGUGUCUGACCACAAAGCAGCCCCACGGCCACAGAGGAAAGAAAGCCCAUGCUCCUCUCCCUGCUCAGCAGCAGACUUCUUGGGUGACAGUGGCACAGUUUUGAUAGGCUCCCCUUGGGGAAAUGGGGCUCAUGGCCUCGCCCCUCCUCACAGGGGGAUUGUGAGGAUGCAGGUGUUAAAUACUGACAGUGGCCAAGGCCACUGGUGGGGGCCAUCUUUGGUAAUGACAUAGAGCUUAUCUGGUUAUGUCAGCACAAAUAUAACUAUUUUAUAAGUUAGUGCUUCCCGUGGUUUUGGUUUGUUCCUGUAGCUUAUUCCAGCUCUAAGUAACUCCUCAAGUGAGUCCUCCAGUCCCAGGCAGUUCCUGGCUCUUGGUACCCAGUGGAAGAUGAUUCCCCCAUGAGCCCCUUUCUCCUUCUGGCUGGAGUUCAGGGCUGCUCUGGAACAGCUGAGGAGUGGUACAGGUCAGGUCUGUUGGCUGAAUGCUCUGACAGGAAGAAGCUCUCUGCUUCAUGAGAUUGUAUUUCCCUGAGCGCAGUAGAAGCGAGCAGCAUCCCCCUUGCUCAAAAAGCCUCCAUCUCCAGCAGCUUUGCCUGUCUGUGUCCUUUCCAGUGACCUUCCUCCUCAACCCCACGUGCUGGCUGCCCCGUGACUCCGGAGCUGUGUUUUCCCACCUAAUAAGGCACCAUUAGUUCCUGCUUCAAAGGCUCUGCCUGCUGGCUUUGAGGGAGUGCUCUGCCCACUUCUGAGAGCAGCCCCCAGCGGCUGAGUUCAGCACACCACCACACACACCCUGCUCUCUUCCCCCAGGAUGAUUAAUAGAUAGAAUAGUUUC